UAACCAAGCAAAACACGUAAAUAGUUUGGUUUCUUUUUAUUUUGAUGAAAGAUAUAAACAAAAAUUUCAAAUAAUAUUAAAGUAAGUUUCAGUAUUUAGGAAAAACAUAACACACACAUUCGAAUGCUAAAAUGUCGUCGCCGUCAUCGUCGUCACUAACAAAAACAACACAACAACAAACAUAUGGCCUGACAGCGAAUGAUAUUGCUACUGAAUAUCGCCCCUAUAGAGGAUCGGCUGGCAUGGCAAACGAACGACAACAGCAGGAGAACCAAGGGAUACUGGAACGUGAAGAUACUUUAGAAUACUUCAUCAAGUUUCCCAAACCGACGGCCGAUAAUGAUUUCGUGCUGGUUAGCGGCAACGAUGAGCAGAAUAAUGUACCUAUCGUCAUGCUGUUGGGCUGGGCUGGCUGUCAGGAUCGUUAUCUAAUGAAAUACUCCAAGAUCUAUGAGGAGAGGGGACUCAUCACUGUCCGAUAUACUGCACCGGUGGACACCUUGUUUUGGAAGCGCAGUGAAAUGAUACCGAUUGGCGAAAAGAUUCUGAAGCUUAUACAGGAUAUGAAUUUUGAUGCGCACCCAUUGAUAUUUCAUAUCUUUUCGAACGGCGGCGCAUAUCUCUAUCAACACAUCAAUUUGGCCGUUCGCAAGCACAAAUCGCCAUUGCAGGUGCGCGGAGUCAUCUUUGAUUCGGCGCCAGGGGAAAGACGCAUGCUCGGUUUAUAUCGUGCCAUUACCGCUAUUUAUGGCAAAGAGAAGCGCUGCAAUUGCAUCACAGCCUUGGCCAUAACAUUGACCCUAAGCAUUAUGUGGUUUGUUGAGGAGACUUUUGUGGCUUUUAAGAGUUUGUUUGUGAAGUCGACACCGGUGCACGCGAGUCCUUUCAGUGAGCUAAAGAACGAGACAAACAAAUAUCCACAAUUGUUUCUGUAUUCGAAAAGUGAUGUUGUCAUACCAUAUCGAGAUGUUGAAAAAUUUAUAAGAAUGCGACGCGAUCAAGGUAUCGAUGUGUCGUCUUUUUGCUUUGAGGAUGCCGAACAUGUCAAAAUCUUUACCAAGUAUCCAGCACAAUAUGUGCAAUGUGUGUGCCGUUUUAUUAGGAAUUGUAUGGCUAAUUCUCUAACGUCCUAUCAGUUAACUGGCGAUGUCAUCGAUGCACAAACCAUGGAACAGCAGCAACACCAACAGCAACAACAGCAAUCAAAUUUGAAAUACGAUUAAAAAAACAGUUUAAUUUCGGUUUGAAAAUGCUAAGAGCGCGCGCAGACGAAAACAACGCAUCAAACACGUAUGUGAUAGGCAGCACAACUAUUAUAAAACUUACUUACUGUUUGCAAACAAUACUCAAUUGGAAAUAAUUGCAAAAAUUUUAAACGUAACUAUUGAAAAACACAAAAAAAACACAAGAAAAACAAAUUUAAUGCAGUUGACCGCUUGGCGCCCGCUGCCGCUUUAAUGUAGAAACGAAUUUAAGAGUUACUCGAAUCUAAAAAGCGUGUGCAUUCUUAUAUUUUUCCCCUCCCUCCUUGGCAAAGUGCACAAAACGAGCGCAAAUAAA